CCCUCCUGCCUCGCGUCUUCCCAUUCAGCCAUCAUUCAAACCAUCAUGGAGGAACCCACCCCCCCACCGAUUGUCUACAAGGCCACUUAUAGUGGUACUCCAGUGUGAGUUUCUUCAUCUCCCAACCCCAUUCUGCGACCAAUUUACCCCCCUCAGGAGACCCCCUUGCCGCUGUGAACCAAAAUCGGCUCGAGGCGUCUUCUAGCUCCAAUAAAUCGACUUAUUCAUAGCUAUCGUUCUCUUUUCCAUCGGUGUUACAUUUUCCUACCUGUUCGAUUUGGCUUCGAUUUUCCAUGAACUUUUUUUCUCUUGAAACUAAUCCCUAAGUUUGUUGGCAGAUAUGAGUAUAUUGCGAGAAAUAUCGCAUGUAUGCGAAGACGGUCGGACUCAUGGGUUAAUGCCACACAGGUCUUGAAGGUAGCUGAGUUCGACAAGCCGCAGAGAACUCGAAUUCUUGAGCGAGAGGUUCAGAGGGGGCUUCAUGAGAAGGUCCAGGGCGGUUAUGGGAAAUACCAAGGUACUUGGGUACCGCUUGAGCGAGCGAGGGAAAUCGCUGCACUUUACAACGUUGAAGAGUUACUCAAACCGAUUUUCGAUUUCCGUCCUUCGACUGAGUCACCUCCCCUUGCUCCCAAGCAUGUAACGGCUGCAUCUACAAAGCCAAGGCCCUCACGAGCGCAGCCACGGGCUCCGGCGGCUCCGCAGGUUAAGAGGGUUGUCAAACCGACACCACCCGUGCAAGCACCGCCCUCAAUCGAUAGCUUAGACGAAGUUGAUGUCGAGGCUGAAGAUGGUGAUUUAAGCGAUUUAGAUCCACUCAAUGAUCCCAGUUCUCCAUCGAAUUCGGUAUCGGCUACUUUGAAGAGGAAACGUGAACAAAUGGAUAACGAGGACAUAUUGGGGGGGUUCAUGCCAUCUUCGGGACAGAGAAAGGUUGCCUAUAGUGAUGAGUUACUGGAUUAUUUCAUGGCCAACGAGAAGGGGCUACCGGAAUUCCUCGUCAACCCGCCUCCAGAUUUUGAUGUGAAUGAGGUCAUUGACGAUGAAGGGCACACAGCGUUCCACUGGGCAGCAUCAAUGGGCGAUCUGAGGGUUAUCGAGUUAUUGUAUCAGGCUCAAGCAAAUAUCUUCAUGGUCAACAAGCGUGGUGAAACACCUCUCAUGCGGGCUGUGUUAUUUACCAAUAAUUACGAUAGGAAGUCGUUUCCAAGAUUGGUUGAAACGCUUCGGGAUACAAUAUUUCAUGUUGACAGUUACAAUUCAACAGUGUUUCACCAUAUUGCAGCAACAACAUCCUCGAGAAAUAAGUUGUUGGCAGCAAGAUACUAUUUCGACGUACUUCUCCAAAAGCUAGGGGAGAAGCACUCCAUGCCUGAUAUCGCUAUGGUUUUAGACCUUAGGGACUCUCUGGGUGAUACCGCGUUGACAAUUGCAGCACGAAAUGGAGCAAAGAAGUGUGUGAGGAGUUUACUCGCUCAUAAUGCCAAUCCCAAUACUCCGAACAAUGAGGGACAGACGGCAGAUCAAUAUAUCGUUGCGGUAGAAAGGCAAAGACGAAAUGGAGAUUACCCACCAGCAUCAAGUUCUUCUCCAUUUCAAUCACACGAGCACCACCCUCCUCAUAUCCACAAUAGCCGUUUUCACAGACAUCCUUCAACACAAUCGGUCGCGACAGUGGCAGCUAUCAAUUAUGCAAACAAUAACUACAUCCCCCAGCCACAUAUCUCGGAAGCAGCCAUCGCAGCAACGCAGAAGGUCAUACCCCUAAUGGCUGAAAUGUUAGAAGGGCUUGCGACAGCUUUUGAUAAGGAGCUGAAUGACAAGGAGGAGGAUCACAGCCAGGCUCAGCGAUUAUUAGACAGUUCCACUCACGAGAUACAAACAUGUAAGGCUACGUCUGAAGAAACGCUGGCGCCUUUCGGUGAUAUCGCAACAAUGGAAGCCCAGAUUGAAGCUCUCAAGGCAGAGGCAGAUGCUCUGGCGGAGCAGUUGAAAGAGGUUUUCGAAUGUGGGCAGUAUCAUGACCUUUCAGGCCUUGUUCGAGAGGAGGCAGAGCAACUACCUCCUCAAGAGAUGGAAGCCUUGGAUGAGGAUACCUCCGAAGCCUGGUUGGAAAAGUCUGAGGUUGCUAGGGAACUUAGCCAACUUCAACAAGAAAGGGCAGAGUUAAGGGAUACAAUUGUCAAAGCCUAUGCAAGGAGCGGGGCCGGUGAGAGGAUGAGUGACUAUAGGAGACUUAUUGCGUUGAGCUGUUCGCUGCUCCCCGAAGACGUUGAAAAGCUCCUUCCCGAAAUUUUGAAAGAUCUCGAAGCUAGCGGUGACGGGGGUAUUGGCGAUGGUUUAAUGAUAUGAACGAGAGUUCUUCGAUUCAUUUCCCCCUUGUAUUCAACAUUUUCUUCAGUUUGAAUAUGCAUCUUGAAUUACCUAUGUUGGGCUACCCCCCCCCUCUUUUUUUGCUCUUGUUUCCUUUUCUUCCUCUUUUCGAAUUUUGCCAGAACAUUCCGGAUUGGGAGGGCCUCUGGGGGGUUAAUUGGCUGGUUUGCUGAAGUUAGAUCUGGCGUUUUCUGAAAUGGUAAUUUGGUUUGAACUGGCUAUGAACAAUAACUUGUAUUUUGUCCCGAUUUU